AUGAUAGCUUAAUUAGAAGAAUAGACUAAGAUUUAUAAAUAUGAAGUUGAUAAAUUAAAAGAAUAAUUUUUAUUAGUAUAAGAAAUUGAUGUAGAGAAAAUAGUAAGAAACAAGAUUGAGAUGGAAAAGCUUAUUGAAGUAUAAAAAAAGAAAAAUGAAGAUAUACAAAAUAAUAAUUAGAAUUAAAAGCUAUAAGAGAAGUAGCAGAAAAGAAGGAUAUAAAUUCUAAAAAAUAAAUUAAAUACAAAAGGCAUACCAUAUAAUUAAUUAGUGAAAGAGAUAAGAUUUUAUUAUCUUAUUUAAUCUUAGGUGAUAGAGAAGAAGAAUAAAGAUAAAGAGAUUACAUCCAAUAAAUUACGCUAAGUAAAUUCUAAAAAAUUGAAUUAAAUGAAUAUUAGGAAAGAAUUUAAUGAAAAGCAUUUUAUUAAGAAUUAUAAAAAAAAGGAUUAGAUUUUCAAACUUAAAUAGAUUAGGUAAUGCUCCACCUUUGGAAAUAUUAAAAAAAAUAUAAUUAUGGAUGUAAAAAUUAAAUGAAUAUAGAAUAAAUUACAAUUUAAAUCCAAAAAAGGCAUAUCUUGAAAUCAUUCAAAAUUUUUAUAAUAUGGAUUUAGAAGGAUAGUCCAAAUUAAUGAAGAAUAAUUCAUUAUCGAUUCUUAAGUUAGACCAUAUAAUGGAGAAAUUAAAUAAUAUUUUAAUACUAUAACUAUAUAUCAAAUAUCAUUAAACAUUAGACAAAUGA